AUGAAAGGAUUUAAUAUAAGUUCAAAAAAGAAGUUGAGUAGUUUUAUCGAGAAGGGUAAUAUGAAUAAUAAUAAUUUGCAUAGAUAUUAUAAAAAUAAUAAUAAAUCCUUUGGUUGGAAAAAUACUAAAAGAAGUGGAAGUAAGUUUGAUGGAACAUAUCGAAAUGAUGAUAAGAAUGCUGUAGAAAGAAGUAAUGAAGAUAUUUAUGAUUACAUUAUUAAUAUUUCAUAUAUAUUAAAUGAGAAAUAUGAAAAAUACUUAAUAUAUGAAAUGAGAGAAGAAAAUAUAAAUAAAGGAAAUAAAGUAUUUCAUCAUAUUAAUUUAGAUAAUACGUGUUAUUAUAUAGAAGAUGAUAUAUGUAUAUUAUUAAAAGUUAUUGAAGAAAUAAAAAAUAAUGAAAUAAAAAUAUUUGAUCAUAGGAAAGGAUCUAAAAUUAUAGAGAAAUUAAUAUAUUAUUGUUUUUUUUUAUUAAAAUAUAAUGAGAAGAAUGUAAAAAAUGAAAAGAUUAGCAUGCAAUGUAUAGAAGCAUAUAAUAAUUUAUUAAAAGUGGUUAGUCGAUAUUUUAUGAAAUUAACUUUAUCUAAUUAUGGAUCACAUGUUAUACAAAGCAUAAUAUGUUUAUUUCCUUAUUUUAAUAAAUACGAAUAUAUAUAUAUAGACAAAUUAACUAUACAGAAUGUAGGAUACAACAAAAUGUAUGAUUACUUCAAACAUAUAAGUGACUUUGUGUGUGAUCAUUUAUUUGAGAUUAUUUUUGAUAGAUGUGGUACACAUGUAUUAAGAUCUUUUUUAUAUUCAUUAGGAGGAUAUUUAUAUAUUAACAUAAGUAAUAUAACAUUUAGAAAAUCGAAGAUAAAUAAAAAUAGGAUAAAAAAUAAACUUAAUAAUAAUACAAAUAAUGAACUGAAAUAUGUUGAUAAAAAUUUCCAAUCGAAUAUUUUUUAUGAAUAUAUACAUAAAAUUGUAGAAAGGAUAUCGAAUGAAAUUGAAAAACCUAAUAUAUCUUUAAAGUAUAAAAAUUUGUUAUAUCAAUAUGUAUAUUAUGAUAAUAAUAAAAAAAACAACAACAAUCAAAACAACAACAAUCAAAACAGCAACAAUCAAAACAAUAACAAUCAAAACAAUAACAAUCAAAACAACAACAAUCAAAAGAACAAUAAUAAUAUUAGUAAUAAUAAUAAUAGUAAUAGUAAUAAUAAUAUUAUGGACCAAAAUAAUACAAAAAAUUUUAUACCCAAUAUAGAUAACACUCAUAAUAAUAUGAACAAUUCAGAUAAUUUAAAAUAUAUUGCCGAAAGUAAUAACCAACAUUUUAUAUGCCCAUUAUUAUACAAUACCUAUUCUGUGCCAGCUCUUGUUAUAUUAUUCGAAUUGUUGAAUGAUAAAAAUGUUGAAUGUUCCUCUUUGAUUAGACAGAUAUUUUUAAUAAAUAAAACGAAAUUAUAUUAUAUAGAGAAAACAAAGGAAAAAGAUGACCAUGAUGAUGAUGAUGAUGAUAAUAAUAAUAUAGUAUCGUCACAUGCGGAAAGCCCUUUAAAGCAAUUAUUAGAUAUAUUAAUUGUACUAGAUAAUUCAAGCAUCAUGAUAGAGAAAUUAUUAAAAAUAAAAAAUGAAGAAACAUUUUAUAUAUUCAAUAUGUAUAUCUUAAAAAAUGUUAAUAAAUUGAUAUGUGAAAAUAUAUAUUCUAAUAUGGUUUUAUGUAAUUAUUUUACAAAUGAAUAUAUUUCUGAAGAAAUGUUCGAUUUAUUAAUUAAGAAUAUACAUAUAGAACAAUUAAUGAAAAAUAAAACUUUUAAUAUUUUAAAAUGUCUCUUCUUUUUGGCACAAUGGUAUAAAAGGAAUUGUAGAUAUUUAUUUAAUGAAUUAAUAAAAAAUUUUCAUUUGAAUGAUGAACAUAAAAAUGGAAGCAAUAAAAAGUUUAUGUGGAUAUGUAUUUUAUGUAUGUGUAAUUAUGAUGAUUUACCAUCUUUGGUUAGGGAUAUCUAUAUGAAUAAGGCAGAUGAUAAUUGUACAAACAUAAAUUCAAAGAAGGAUAAUGAAAAGGAACAAAAUGAAAGAUUAUAUAAUAAAAAUAAUUUAGGUAAAAAUAUAAAUAAUUAUAAUUUCUAUAAUUAUCUAAAAAUCGAUUUAAAUGGUUAUUACAUUUUAUCUUAUUUAUUAUCUUUCCCAAAAGAAUCCAUAACCAACUUAACAAAUUCGUUUAAGUAUUUUUGUAAUUUUAUUAAGACGGUUAAUAUAAAUGAGCCCAGUUCAAUUGAUGUAGAAAAUUAUCAAAGUUUUAUGGAAAAUUUCUCAAGAAAAACAGAAGAAGUUAAUCCUGUGGAUGCCUUUAUAAAAGAUGAAGAGGGUAUGUAUGUGUCUAAGAAUGUUUUACAUAAUAAUGAUAAUAUAAAAACAAAAAUGAAUAAUAACAAACCGUUUUAUCGAAAAAAUAUUGAAUUAAGAGGAAAUAUACUCUUGUACUUUUCAUGUGAUAAAAAUCUUUCUAUCCUUUGUGAAAAGAUAGUACAUACAUUCAAUUUAGUAAAUGAAAAAUAUUUGAGACGAUUCAUUACGUUAUUCCAAAAGCAAUAUAACAAUAUUGCUAAACAUUAUAUUGGAGCUCAUACCAUUGUAACUUUUUUUAAAUUAGGUGAUGAUAAUAUAAAAAAAAAUAUACUAGAUAGUCUGAUACAAAAUGAUAUUAAUGUGUAUAAUAAUUAUAUUAAAAAUUUUAUGAAGCUUAAAGAAUAUCAAAAAAGUAAAACACUUACUACGAAUAAUAAAAAAUAUCUAAAGGCAAAAAAAUUGUUUCAAGAUUUAUUAAUGUCAAAGGAAAACGGGAACAAUCAAAAUGAUAUUAAUCAUAAAAAGGAAUACGAUGAUAAAACUUUUAUAGAAUUCGAAAGAAUCCAUAAAAUAUCCAAACAUCAUGAUAGUGACCUUAAUAGUAAUGAUAAGGACACUACUGUUCUAAUUUAUGAUGAACAAAGUAAUGAUAAUGAUGAUAAUAAUAAUAAUAAUAUAUUAAAAGAAGAAACCAACGAUGAUCAAGGAAAUAAGGAACAUGAUCCAACAUAUGAUAACGUUACUAAAUCUUAUAAAUCCUCCUCAAAUGUAAAGGAAGAAAUUGUAGACCAGGACAAUGGUUUUAUGAACAUAAUCACUGAUUAUAUUAAAAAUACAAAAACAAAAUCUCGAAAAAGGAAAAAAGAAAAGGACCAAAUAGAUAAUGUAUUAAAAAGGAAAUAA